CCUAACCAAUAACAUCCUUUCUCUACAGGAAACAAUGACCGAGAACAAUUUCCACGUUAGCGUUUUUAUUGUUGCUAUUUUUAAGUUUAUUAACACCAAGUGAAUUAAACGUCCUACUAAUUUAACUGCACAGCAUCACAUAUUUACCCCAUGUAGUCUUUAAUUCGCGUUGAAGACAGGACUUUAUUGAUUGACGUUAUCUAGGCAACGCUAGUUAGCUGCUAACGGUAACUAACAAUGGCUAACUGUAUGGUUUUUCACACUCAAAUAGCCUCCAUCAUGGAGGUUCUAGCGAAUUCAGCCGUGGCAGAGAUCAGUAAACUCGUAGACGACGACUAUGCAGUGUUUCGUUUGGAAAUAACGCAAAGCCAGAAAGAAAACAGGACAUUGAGGAGGAAACUACAGCUACUGGAACUGAAGGUAGCACGGGAGCGCGCAGAGAGGACAAUGCGAGAGCGAUACAGAGGAAUUGCAAGAGGUGAAGGACAUCUCACUGGAGGCCACAGGAAUGUUGUAAAGCCAGCGGGACACAAUGGGUGGAGAAAUGACCAACCCAUAUCUAUAGAUGAGGGGAGUGGAACCUCAACCCAGCAUGUUAUCGUGAUAGAGUCUGUAGAUGCAGAGGCUGCAGGUCCUGGGGUCAAGCAGGAGAGGUCUGAAGGAGAGGACCCACGGCACAGCAGAGACAUCCAGAUUGGAGCAGCGGCUGGAGUGGCACCCCCUGUAACCACAGAGGACCUGACCGCCGCGCCCCAGGCUAGGACCCGUUGCAGCAUCCCGGAGGUCAGUGGAAUGCUGAACGCCGCCCUCAAGUCAGAGACGGAUGCCGAGACUUUAACUGUAACACACCGGCUCUUACACACAGGGUCUGACCACAGAUCAGACCACAGAUCCGACCCAGAGAGACUGGUGCUGGGGCCACUUGUCUGUCCUCCUGCUCCUGGCUCAGAUUACUUACCAGUAUUUCAUCAGAGCCAGAGGACGGUUCAUUCCCGUGGAGAUGGUGACGUGUUAGACACGGGGGUUGAUGAUCUGUCUUGUUCUUAUGAUACAGAGAUGGUCCCUGGCAACAUAUCCUUAGAUUUAGAGACCCAGACUGAUCUGUCUAGAGGGGACUGGAACCGGUACAAUAGUAGUAUAUACUCCGAAGGGUGCCUAGAUAAGAAAGGGGAGGUUAUAGUGGUAGAUGAGGUGACUGUGAAAGUAGAGGGCGAUGCUCCUCCCACAUGGAAUGCAGAUAGUCACCUUGGAGACGGACACUCGCAGGGCAGAGAUUUCUUAGAUUACAGGGGAAGCUUAGAGACCAAUCUAAAUGUCACAACCAAUUCUCCUUUACACGCGUUCAGGGAUCGCAAUCCAGUGUCCACGUCGAUGGGGCCUUCAGAUUCACACGGCCGUGUCCAUUUCGAUCAGGUAUUGAACUCAAACAACAGGGCAAGAGCCCAGGCUCAGGGAGGAGGAGUCACAUCAGGCAAUAGUAAAGAGAAACGAUUCUUCUGCAUGUUCUGUAACAAAGGCUUCAGGUGCCUGCAGAAGGUGGAGAUCCACCAGAGGGUCCACACAGGGGAAAAUCCCUUCAGUUGUACCCAGUGUGAAAAGAGGUUCUCCCGCCAGGACCACCUGAAGAGGCACCAGAUGGUCCAUACAGGGGAGAAACCGUUCAGCUGCCCCCAGUGCGAGAAGAGGUUCUCCCGCCAGGACCAGCUGAAGAUGCACCUGAAGGUCCACACGGGAGAAAGGCCAUUUGUCUGUACACACUGCGGGAAGAGGUUCUCAGAGAGGAGCUACCUCAGGAUACACCAGCAGAAAAUGCAUGCGGCCCUUGUAUAGUGAUAUGUAAUCAGGAUUGAAAGUAAGGCGUUCCUGACGGCGUCCCAGCAAAAUAAAUAGUGGGGUUACGCCGUACCGGUAAAACAUGAGCCUAUCACAAUAAUUAAAAACAAAAUGUAUAAAAAACUUUUGACUAUUAUACCUUUAUUUUUCAUUAGGCUACCGCAUAUCAGAGGCAUGAACAAUUUGCAAAUGGACUUGAAAACAAGUGGUAUAACAAAAUGCAAUGUGGUUCGACGAGAGCACUGAUUUUUCCAAGGCAUAGAUGAAUGGCUGACACAGAGACUUGUGUGGACAGUAGUGUAAAUUCUUGCCUAAUGAAAAUCGUCAAAAUGUUAUUACACUUUGUGGUGGUUUGUGUGACAGAUGUCUCUUUCCAUUUCCAUGUUUGGAGGCUGGAAAUACAGUGUCUUCAGAAAUGAUUCAUACCCCUUGGCUUGUUCCACAUUUUGUUGUGUUACAGCCUGAAUUCAAACUUGAUUAAAAAAAAUGUCUCACCCAUUGCAACAUGUUUUUAGAAAUCUUUGCAAAUUUGUUGAAAAUGGAAUACAGUUAUCUAAUUCACAAUCCUGAGUCAAUGCAUGUUAUAAUCACCUUUGGCAGUGUUUACAUCUGUGAGUCUUUCUGGGUAAUUCUCUAAGAGCUUUGUAUACAUGGAUUGUACAAUAUUUGCACAUUAUUAUUUUAAAAAUUCUUCAAGCUCUGUCAAGUUGGUUGUUGAUUAUUGCUAGACAGCCAUUUUCAUCUAUUGCCAUAGAUUUUCAAGCUGAUUUUAAGUCAAGACAUUUGUUGUCUUGGUAAGUGUAUAUUUUGCCUUAUGAUUUAGGUUAUUGUCCUGCUGAAAGGUUAAUUAAUUUCCCGGUGUCUGGAGGAAAGCAUACUGUACCAGGUUUUCCUCUAGGAUUUCCCUGUACUUAACUCUUAACUUCAAUUUCUCUUUUAUCCUUAAAAACACCACAGUCCUUAACCAUUACAAGCAUACCCAUAACAUGAUGCAGUCACCAUUAUGCUUGAAAAUAUGAUGAGUGGUACUCAGUAAUGUGUUGUAUUGGAUUUGCCCCAAACAUAACACUAUGUAUUCAGGGCAAAAAGUUAAUUUCUUUACCACAUUUUUUACAGUAUUACUUUAGUGCCUUGUUGCAAACAGGAUGCAUGUAUUGGAAUUGUGUUAUUCUGUAGAGGCUUCCUUAUUUUCACUCUGUCAAUUAGGUUAGUAUUGUGGAGUAUCUACAACUUUCUUGAGCCUUCCUCAAUUUUCUCCUGUCACAGCCAUUAAACUCUAACUAUUAAAGCCA